AUGUCUGUUGUGUGGGGAAAUGAUACCGUGCUUUUGCUUAUUGAGCUUUACGAAAGUCGUGACUUGUUAUGGGAUACUUCACACCGUGACUAUCGAAAUAAAAUAAAGAAAAAUGAUGCAUGGGAGGAUAUUGCCAAGGCGCUUAAAUUGCCUAGAAAAGAAAUAGAAGCCAAAGUACAUACCCUGCGUUCGCAAUUUGUCCGAGAAAGGAAGAAAGUGAAAUCGUCAAAAACUACUGGCAGUGGACGAGAGGACGUGAAGUCCAGUGCAUGGUUUGCGUAUGAUGCAAUGAAAUUUUUGCUAAAGGGAGCCACAACGUCUGGAAGCUUGGACACUUUGGACACAAACAGUCCACAAAGCCAAAACACGAUUUCGUCUCCGGAUGAAGAUGUCGUUCUACAGUCUCAAUCUACCGUUCCAGAAUUUCAAUCUCCUCAUCAACUAGAAUCGCAAUCUACCAUUGAUCAAGCAGAGCAACCUACAACCCCUGCACCAACACCUUCAUCGUCGCGACCAACUCGCAAGAGGAGCCACCCCAAUGAAGAUAGAUUAGAGGAGGCUUAUGAAGUUCUGCAUGCUGCUAAAAACAGAAUGAUGUCCCGAGAUGAAUUCGAUGUUUAUGGACAGUACGUAGGAACUGAGUUACGUGCAUUAAAUGACGAACACAGUGUAAUUAUGGCUAAAUAUUAUAUUAAUAAUAUUUUAUUAGAUGCACGCUUAGGAAAAUACCGUACAAUUUAUAAUAAUCAAAGCCAGCCAGUUGUUCAACAGGGCUAUAGCACUGCAUCCAGUGAUAUUAGCCCCGAGCCUUCUGAAGAGCAUAUUAUACAAGAUAUACUUGAAACUAUGGAUUCCUCGAACACUAAUAGCAUUGAUGGCACUAAUACUAAUAAAUUUACGUUGGUCGCUAUAUCCAUCUCGUACUCUUUAAAAUUUAUUUUACUGAAGAUUAAAAUACAAUUAUAAAUAAAAUAUAUGCGUUUUCUUUAACUUACCUUUACACAUAUCUUCAAUUUAUUUAUCAGUUCUUUACAAACUUCUGGUACUAUUUUACGUAUCAGUUGUUUUGACACUCGAAAAGUGUACGACAAAGAAGCAUAAGAAUCUCCAGUCGACAAGUACCUCAAUGUAAUGGCAAGUCUGAUAUGAGGACUAAUAGCGUUUCGUAAUAUUGUAUCCUGUUUGGCUAUGGAAGAUGCGAUCAUUUGCAACAAAGUUUCAAAAUCAGAUGAUGACAUGCGAGUAAAAUUCACAAACGAUCCGUCAGACAUUCGGAGAUCACUUAGAAUAUUUACUCUUCUUUCUCGUUGUAAUAAGAAAUUCCGCAUCCACCACCUUCUCUUUCUCUUACGUUUCAACACACUCGAUAUAAUUACUAUGUACGCAGCACUAAUAGCCACAACCUCCUCGGGCGACAUUUCUAUAAACACUGAGAAG